UAUUGAUUAUUUUUGUUUUAUAUUUAAAGAAGCCAAAAUGUGUUUAAUGUUCACUCUGAAUUAGUCCGUAAAACUGAAAUGAUUGAGCUGUCGCAGAUUAUCCUAGGGCUAGUAGCCUUAUUGAUUGUGUACAUAGGAUGGUCGUGGUUCAGUAGUGAAUCUCGAAAACUGCCUAAAUUGGACACUGAACAAUGGUGGGGUCCUAAUGAACUGAAAGAGAAACAUGACACCAGUAUUAAACCAUUCGAAAUCAAGUUCACUGAUGACAUGAUAACAGACCUUAGAGGUAGAUUGAAGAAUCAUCGACCACUCGUCCCGCCUCUAGAAGGUGUAGCAUUCGAAUAUGGGUUCAACUCACAAGUGAUAGAACCCUGGUUGAAAUACUGGGCGGAGGAGUACCCGUUCAAAGAACGGGAACAGUUUUUGAAUCAGUUCCCUCAAUAUAAGACGAACAUUCAAGGAUUAGACAUCCAUUUUAUUAGGGUUAAACCACAAGUCCCAGCAGGAGUUGAAAUUGUCCCACUAUUGAUAUUACACGGCUGGCCGGGAUCCGUGAGGGAGUUCUAUGAAGCUAUACCUUUGCUGACUAAACAACAACCAGGCUACAACUUUGCCUUCGAAGUUAUAGCUCCAAGUCAACCUGGCUUUGGAUUUUCACAGGGUGCAGUCCGUCCUGGAUUGGCGCCACCUCAAGUAUCUGUGAUCUUCAGAAAUCUGAUGCACAGGCUUGGAUUCAAGAAGUUCUACUUACAAGGUGGUGAUUGGGGUUCGGUUGUAGCUUCUGCUUUAGUUACAUUGUUCCCAGAAGAUGUACUCGGUCACCAUACCAACAUGCCUGUAGCUCAAAAUAAGAAGGUCGCAUUUAAAACAAUACUGGGCGCGUACAUUCCGUCUCUGGUGGUAGAGAGUCACUUGGCACACAGAAUGUAUCCUUUGUCAGAUUUUUUCGCGUUCUUGUUGGAAGAAUUUGGAUAUUACCAUUUGCAGGCUACGAGACCGGAUUCAGUUGGUGUGGCAUUGUCUGAUUCCCCAUCCGGUCUUCUGGCUUACAUCUUGGAAAAGUUCUCCGUCUGGACCUGUCGUGAUUACCGUUUUAAGGCUGACGGUGGCCUCGAGUUACGCUACUCCAAAGCGAAGCUGAUCGAUAACCUGAUGAUAUAUUGGACCUCGAAUUCUAUCACUACCUCUAUGAGAUUGUACGCUGAGGAGGCCAGCAGGAAGAACCAACAACUUGAACUCGGAGAAUUCCCAACUCCAGUACCGACUUGGGCACUACAAGCUAAGCAUGAGACGAUGUACCAACCGCCUGGAAUCCUUAAGACCAAGUUCCCCAAUCUCCUAGGCGUUACUCUUACGGACGAUGGUGGUCACUUCUUCGCCUUGGAAUUGCCCCAAGUCUUCGCUAAUGACGUAUUUAAAGCCGUGAACGAGUUCAGAAAGUGGCAUAAAAAGAAUGCAAAAACAGAGUUAUGAAAUGUAUAGAAAUACCUUAAUUGUAAAAUUUAAUUUAUUUGUAAUUAAUAAACAAAACAUUAAAAUAAA